AUGUUCCCUUCUCUGGUCCGAAGAAGCAUCAAGUCGCAAUUUAAUCAUGCGACGAACCCAUACAAGGCCAAAAAGAUCUGGCCACCGGACUUCUCCAACCUUUCCAAUAAGCAUCAAUUCCGGCUCGAGCGGAGAUAUAGGAGAAGAACGAACCUGAAAUGGGCACGCCCGAACUUCAUGAAGCUCCUCCAGUUGAGUCAAUGGGGCAUCCUGGUAUAUGGUGUUCUCUUCUUAGAGUUACCUACAAAAGGUCGAGAGACAGAGGAGCAGCCAUUCCAAGGAGUAAGGCACAUCUCUAAGAUCAAUGACGCUAGCUGA